AUGGACCGGUACGACCGGCAGAAGCGCUUGUGGGGUGCUUCGGGACAGCAAGGAUUACGGCAUGCGCACGUCUGUGUUAUUGGGGGCGCGGAUGGCGGACUUUGGUGCGAAGUAGCUAAGAAUCUUGCUCUAUCUGGGGUCGGGGCAGUCAGGAUUAUAUCUACUGGGAGCAGUGACGAUAGUUACGAACGGUUCUUUCAGCCAGCAGAAUUGUGUUCGCUGAACACAGAUGUCGGCUGGAGUUUCUCCUCAUGGAAGGGCGCGGCGGUGGCUGCCGAGCAGUGGUCUGAGUGCUCGGCAUUGAUCGUAACAACGGGGGCACCUGGCGUCGUCGAAGAGGUGACUGCCAAGUGGCGUGAGCGCAAGAUGCCAGUGCUAUUAUCAGCGCACUGCGCGUCUGUCUACGGCUACGUGCGUCUGCUGUCGCCAGAAACACAUUGCGUUAUUGAGGCGCAUCCACAGCACCGCGUGCCAGACCUACAGCUCUACGCAGGAUGGGGAGAACUCGAUGAGCUUUGUGGGAAAACCGCAGUCUCGCAGCUGGACCCUGAGGAGAGGCAGGAUGUGCCUUUUGCAGUUCUCCUGCGCAGUGCUGUACGUUCUCUGGGCAGGAAGCCUGCGUCGCGAGAGGAAGCCCGAGCCGCGCUCGAUGAUUUGUAUACCCCGAAUCAUUCUGGGGCAACUAUAGAGGAUAUGAACUUCCUUGAAGCAGUCAAGUAUGCACAUUUGGCACUUGCCCCAACCGAACCGGUGCUGCCUCGGGUAGCCGAGGCGUGGGCUGCCAUGCCGCCAGAUCUGGAACAAGUGGGUGACCCCUUCAACCGGCAAUUCUGGGUUCUGGUGCGUGCUUUGAAGCAGUAUUUCACGGCUUAUGGAAGCCUCCCACUUUCUGGCGAGCUACCUGAUAUGGAAUCCAGUACGGUGAGGUACUAUGAACUGAAGGACUGCUACGAGCAGAAAGCAAGGGCAGACAGAAAGAGACUUGCUGGCUUUCUGUCUUCUACAAUCCCGGAUGCUGUAAUUGAUGCGUUUUGUAGGAAUCUGCGGUAUCUGAGAAUUAUCCGACCUUCAAAGUUGAUAGGGUUGGACGAAAGUCUGUCAGAAUUGAAAAGAGUGAAUACAGAUGGAGCAAUGCUCCUUUCAGCUUUACUCUCUAUUCAGUACGGAAUUCAAGAGCCGACAGUUAACAAAAAGGGAUCAGAAUAUUUAAACAACAUCAAUCGCUUCUCUGGUAGUAAUUUCUAUCCAACUGUCGCCUUUAUCGGAGGUGUGCUUGCUCAAGAGGCUACCAAAUUCCUGACACACCAGUAUGUACCCAUCGAAAACACUUUUGUAUAUGAUGGUCUAUUAAAUACUACUGAAACUAUCAUGCUUUAG